AUGUUGGGCAAUCUUGACUAUGAGUGGGAUGAUGGUGAUGACUCCAGCAAAUUGGUGGAACGACGCACACCAGACCCACUCCCACCACCAAUCUCUGUUCACAAUAAUUACAGCAAUGACAACAACAUCAACACACAAGAACGCCUCAUACAUCUUCAUAAUAUCAUCCAACGCUCGCUGGAUCGAGCGGAGAUUCCGAACCGGAGCUCCGACCGUCUGCAGCUCUCACCAUCGGCCUUCACUGCAUUUGACUCCACAUUACUCUCCGAGGGAGGAAACACAUAUCUGAAUUGCAUGCAACAACUUCUUCUCGCACAGUUUGAAAGUUUGGGUAGGAAAGAUAUCAUGUUGUUGCACUCCGAGUCAUUUAGGGCACAGCAGGAGGAAUUUCACAUGGGAAUACAACAUCUGUUGCGUCUCUUAUGUUUAGAAGGCAACCGUACAUUUGUUCCUCCAUCCACUGAUGAUUUUGCAUCUUUUGCAGUCAAUGGGAACACAGUACUGGAUGAGAGACCUUCUACAACUUCAGCAAUAACGGCAACGAAUGACUCUAUUAAUGCUUCUACUUGUUUGAAAAAUGUAUAUGCUCUUGUUGAUAUGAUAUGGCAAGAAAGUACCGGGCGACAAGUGAUUGUUUUGGAUCAGAUAAAUGAGAUUGGUGCGAUUCUUCAGAGUGAGGCGAUGCUUCGAAACGCAUUGAUGAUAUCAAGGGAAAGUGAAAAUAUACUGAAUGUACUUGAACAUACUUCGACCUUCUUAUGUCAAACUGCUGAGAUGGUGCAACAGUUUCUUCAAAGAGAGAUGGAAGAAAAUAAAAAAGUAACAAGUACAGUAAUUAAUGAAAUUGAUAAUAUUCAAGCAAACAACUCUACAGGAGAUGGCUUUGAAGUAAUGCCUAAAACCUUUAUUUUAACGUCUGAAAAUAAUGAAAAGUUUACAGGACCACAAGAGGAUAAUCCUUCUUGUGAGAGUACUAUUGAUUCUUUGAAGGAAAUGAUAUUAUUCGAUCAAUCGACAAAAGCAGCCGAAGAGAAUAUUAAAGAACCUCACGAUUUGUGCAGUAGUGUGGUAUCAUCGUGUGAUCAAUGUUUACAUAUUGACCCUUCACCAGAGAAAUACCCAACUAUUGCUGGUAAUGUGUACCGCAGUUUUGCCCCUCACGUGUUGUGGCAACUCCGAUUUCAUAAAUUUAAGUCGGGUGUUUUGCGUUUUUCAAAAGAGGCUCCUGACGGAAAACACAUACGAUGGUGGACAGUAUUUAACGUGAAGGAUAUUUUACAUCUGGAGUUGGAAGAUAGUGAGAAUUGUAUCGGAGAGGCAAAACCACCUCUCUACAAAAAUGACUGCACUUUCUUCUCUGUGUACUUUAAGAAAAAAUCUGAUAAUGCCACAAGACGCGUGCGAUUUUGCUGUGCUAAGCAAAGUGAAACUCUAGCUUGGUUUUUUGCACUGCGUCGUUCAUUUCAGAUGGCUAAGUCUCAAAGUUGA